ACGUCUGCAUGUUUAACAGAAAGAGAGUAAGAGAGAGCGUGGCACCACUUCACUGAGCAGAGUAAAUAGUAAAGAGUUGUGACUGGGACUGACCAACUACUUGGACACAGCAAACACAGGGCACCAUCUACAACAAUGAAUGACAUCAAACUAGCCCUGCUGGGGAGUGAGGGAGCAGGCAAAUCUGCGGUUUUGGUGAGAUUCUUGACCAAGCGAUUCAUUGGAGAAUAUGCAUCAAAUACCAACUCCUUAUACCAUAAAAGGCUCUCCAUUGACGGAAGACAGUUGAACUUGGAAGUCUUUGAUCCGUGCUCACAGGACCUCUGUGUGCCCACCACCCCCUGGCAGAGUGAAGAAAGCAGAUGUAUCCUAGAGGAACCACUGGACUGGGCUGAUGGCUUUGUGGUGGUGUACACCAUCAGCGACCGUACGUCCUUCCUAAAUGCCAAAAACAUCCUGGCGCAGAUCAAAGAGAGUCGUCGAGAGACCUGUAAAGGGGAGGUUCCCAUCUGCCUGGUGGGUAACAAGCAGGACUUAUGCCACAGCCGCCAAGUGAGUGAAGAGGAGGGCCGCUCUCUGGCCCAGGAGAACAAAUGCCUCUUCCAGGAGGUUUCGGCAGCUGAGAACUAUCUGGAGAUCUCCAACCUCUUCACAAAGCUCAUCCGCCAUGUGAUGGAACAGCUCAAGCAUAGAGGCGACCGCAGGCGGUACAGUGGCUCCAAAUCUAUGGCCAAGCUCAUUAACAAUGUCUUUGGCAAGAGGAGAAAGUCUGUUUGAGUUCAGAACAUGAAAGAGCCCAGAAAAGAGCAAUGAGUCAGUCUUCAUUGAAUCAGUAAUGGAGAUUUGUCCCUGUUAAACCUGAUGUUCUUGGAAAAGUUUUAUGUGUAUGAAUAGAAGUAUGCUUUGAUACAUAGUGUAAAUUCAAACCACUAUGAAAAAUCCCACGCAGCCAAGAUCAUCAUAUACAGUAGAGCAGUGGUACUUUUUGACUACAACCGCCCCCCCCCCCAACAAUAUUUGACGAUCCCAUGACUUUUCCAGGUGUUCAUGAUUUACUGGAUAAGUAUUUUUACACAUUUUUUAUUUUUUACUUACAAUUAUUUAUUCAUUUACAUGACUAUUCCCACAAUGAGGCCCCUGAUAUAAAGUAUGAUUACAAAGGGAAAAUAGGUACCAGUAAUAAACAGUUAAAGGGGGGGUUCAUAAAACCAGGAAAUCAUCAGAUCAUUUAUUGGAAAAAAGACUGUGCUGUGUAGAAUAAAUGUAAAUUAUGUAAAACUUAACUUUUUUUUUUUUUUUUUUUUUUUUAAGAAGCAUUAACAAAAAGCAGUCAAACACCCCUUUAAAACAAAUAAAUGCAUGUGUGUAUAUAACACUACUGGUUUACAGUAGCUGACACAGUCUCCCAAUGACACAUACUUCGCUGUUCGCAUUACCAUCUUUGCAUUUAUUUGCAUUAAUUUGAGUUCAGGGGUUACAUUUAUGGAAUUUUUUUCUUUAGAAAGAAGUCUCUGCCUUAUGUUUCUUUAUUAUUUUAUGAUUUUUCUUUUAUCCGACUCAAACCCAAAACCCAAAGCUACUUUUGUCUGUUGUUGACAUAUAUACACCUCUUGAUAAUAUUUUCAACAUUGUUUAGAAGAAUGGGGAAUGUUUGCAAAUUCGUGAAGCUUUUGCUUUUCUCUUGAAAGAGCGGCACACAUUCUUUCUCUUGCUCUCCGAAAAUCUUUGAAUGGCACGAGACCGCGUUUGCGUCAAGGAAUGCACAACAAAGUUGAAGUAGAUUUAUAUAUCGAGAUACCGUGAUGAGGUGUAAAAUGCAGGUAAAUUACCUUUCUAACAAAAAACAUGGCAGAGGAAUUAAAAUAAAACUCUCCUGCAUUCCUUCCGUAGCAUUCUCAGGGCGUCUUUUGAAUAAAAACAAUGAACUGCAGCUUUUUCGCAUACUUAGAUGCAAGAAGAGGUUUGUGGGCCCUUGGGAAUGACCUGUGUAAAAACUGGGCAUUUCAAAUUCUCAGAGAACAUUUACUUAAUGGGAAUGUUUGCAAAACAUCCUGAGAGCAUUUUUUUGUUAGCUGGGAUCAUACUGAUCAUUUUGUUUAAAAGUUAGCAGUCAAGGAGAACUACUGUGUGUGAACUUUUAAAUUGACUCUUCUAAAGGAUAAAAAGGAUGAUGUGUUGCAUUAAAAUACAAUUCUGGGACUGUCCCAUUGUCAAAACUGUUCCACAAUGCACUGUAAAUCAUGUAUACCCUGCUUAUAUACAGUCAUGAUUCAUGUCUCACGAUUCAAGAGAAAUGGUGGAUGAGUGGAGAUGUCAUCAUGCCAUUGUACUUUAACAUCUACUGAAGACGCAUGCUAAACAACACAAAUCAUACUAGAAGGGCACUGGUCCUGGAAUAUAAUACAGUGAUCUUGUUGAUAAAUACCAGUGACAUUUAUGUGUGACCCAGUUUUCCAUCAGUGCCCUAGUGUUUAGUGGCCUUUGUGAGUGCCUGAAUUUGUGUUUAUGAUAUACAGAUUCACAACCUAAGGAAAUGGGGAGUCUAAUUAGACACAGCAGAAGAAAAAAAUUCAAAGAAUCUCAGAAAAAUCAAUAAAUUUAGAGUUGUCCAUGGAGAAAAAAGGGAACAUUCUUUUGCGCAAGGCUGCUUAUCAGAUGAAGGAAGAAUUCAACAGAUUUACUGCUGCUUAAGUUACAAAAUACAAUACUGAUUCUACUUUUCAGUUUAUUGUUUAAGUACCAGUAAUGUCAUGUCAAGUUCAGUAGUAGUUUGUGUGAUUAGAUUAAGCAGGUUGUGUUUGGCUGUUAUUUUAAUUUGUUUGAGCAGCUUUAAAAUGCUAAAUUCCACAUCAUACUGUAGAGAACAUUUCUUACAACUGUAGCUGAAGUAAAAUGUGUACCUUGAUUUUUUUUGUUUUUAAAUGUGGUGACAUGUUUACUAAUCUAAUACCCUACUAAUAAAAUGCCUAU